AUGUCAUCAAUGGAUCUGGGCCUUACAGUGUCCUUCUCUGUUAUCGUUUUGAUAAAUCUCCUUGGUAACGGCUUGGUUUGUCUUGUGGUGUUUAAAUUUCGCGGCAUGAGAGCACCUAUUAAUUACCUGCUGGUGAACCUGGCUGUGUCAGACAUGAUGGUAGCUCUUGCUAUCACUCCACAGUACGUCAUCAAAUGGGCAUUUCACCACCCAAACGGCACUGCAGGAGAUACCAUGUGCAGGUUCUUAACUGGAGGUAACUUCAUAUGGGUUGGUCAGGCGGCAUCUACCUUCUCUUUAGUGAUAGUUGCAGUUGAACGAUUCUACGCGGUUGUUCGUCCUUUCAGCGACCAUUUGGGACGCAUGAAACAUCAAUUUAUUGGAAUGAUUACUGCCAGCUGGCUUUAUGCCCUGAUUUUUGAUCUUCCUCUGUUUUUUGUUGUUCAACAUAAAGACGGAGUGAGCCACUGUGUAGAACAAUGGCCGAAUAAACAGUUAGCAAAAACAUACACAGUAACAUGCUUCUUUGUCUUUGGUGCUAUUCCCGUUGGUGUUAUGACAGUUUUAUACUCGAAAGUACUGUGGAAUCUCUGGAAAGGUGGUGGUGAACGCACACCACUAUUAGCAGAGCAGUCGCGGAUCCGCGCAAGAAAGAAAGUGACCAAGAUGGUUUUGAUCGUCAGUAUCAUUUAUGCGGCAUGUCGUCUACCAAAUUUGGUACUUUAUAUGCUGUCCCAGUAUAAACCUGAGCUCUAUCUAUAUGGUUCGUUUCCUUAUGUUACGACUGUUGUCCUUGUGGGUCUUAAUUCAGCAAUGAAUCCUUUUAUUUAUGCUCUUCAAAGCACAAACUUUCGGCAGCACAUCAGAGGCGCACUCUGCUGCUUUUCGUCUGGUACAUAGUUCUAGCGGCAGACCUGUUAUGGUUAAUAAUUAAUAAUUUACGUCAUUGUUGUUGGACAAUUGGGCGACGUCCUCGGCUUUUUAACAGAAUAUCGAAUAUUCAAGUAAAGCCCUCAAGAUUACAUGACUAAGUUAGACUAGACUGCGAUCUCGUUCGUAUCGUAGUUGGAUCUCCUAUUAAAAAAACAAAGAAAAAACAAUGAAAAAAGGGGCUUGAGAACACAUGCGACAACCCCUAAGUUAUUCCACCAGGCUGCCAAGGGUUUUGUUUUUUAACAAGAGACUAUAAAGGGGACAGAGAGGGCAUCCCCCAUAUACACCCUAUUCCAUAGGUAAUUCGUCUCGAGUUAUUUUUAGAAUCGGGAUAAAGUUACCUCGCGCGAGGCGUGGAUGUUUCGUGGAGGUUUCGCAUGACCAAACGCCGUGCAAAACAUGUCGGGCGAGAGGCAAUGAAAGCGUAAAAAGAUCGAGAGCAUUCCUGAAUAUUGAAGCGAAAUGAGUCGGCGCUCACCUGGGAAAAAGGAAUCGCUGGACUCUUUGACAACCCGUGAAAUCAGUUUAACUCGAAGUUGUCGUAACCUCAGUGCUUUAAUAAAAUGAGAAAUUUCGCCGGUCUAUUGAAACCGGUCGUUUGUACAAUUUAGGGAGUUUAAGAUCCAACGACGCGGACGACAACUAGAACGUCAAAAAAACAAUAGGUUUAAUUAGCAAAACAACAACUUCGCACGUGCAACACACUUUUUUGUUCAUUUCUUUCCCGUUUUUGCACGACUACGACGUGAAAAUGCCUAAUUUCGCGUUUUAUGGAGGACGUAAGUAAGCAACGACGAAAUUUUAUUUCUCUCUCUGAGCUUGAAUAUGGUCCCUUGAAAUUCAGCCUUAGGAGGGUUCGCUUACAAUUGACAGAGUAAGUGGGUAGGAAUAAUCGCUAUAAAGACUGAAAAAAAUAAACAUCAAACCAGAAAUUGCUCUCUUCAAACUGUAAAUUAUAAAUGAUCCUGAGAGAAUAUUCAGUGUGUUAAGGAUUUCCCUGCUCUAAUGUUAGCUCUAUACAAGAUAGGAAGGGCGAUUCUUUUUUAAUUUCGGUUUCGCUGACACAGCUUUCGCAGAAAUGUCGCUGUAGUCGUUUUCGUCGACAAAAGGAAUAGCAAAAUCGCCCUUCACGUCUUCCCCCAUUUUGUUUUGCGUCAUUUCAUGAAGGACGCGUGGCUCUCAGCGUGGGUCAUCCACGCGGAACACAUUCGCGCUAUGUGAUUGGCUGUUGUCUAAUCCCCCUUGAGAUCUGUGGUGUUAAAAAUAACUGGAGACGAAUUACCUAUGGAUUAGGGUGUAUAUGGGGGAUGCCCUCUCUGUCCCCUUUAUAUUCUCUUGUUUUUAAGUAUUCCGUUUUUAAUUGUUACCGUUAGUGAAUGGAAUUCUUUCUCGUCUAAUGUUACCUGUGAAUCUAUUGUAGUUCCUUUUAAGUUAUUUGCGCUCAAUUGAUUAUUAAUCGAUAAUUAUUUUCUAUUUUAUUCUAUUUAUUAUUAUUCUUAUAAGUUAUUUCUAAUCUUAUGUUGUGAAUGUAUUUAUCUUAUGUUGUGUAUUAUUAUGUGUGCAUGUACAAGUCAGUUAGAUUUAUGAAAGGAGAGUAACCCUAAAAAUAAUGGGAAUUCAGUUUCUUCCUGAAGCGACCCCGCCAUCUUUUACCUUUUUUUUUUAUUGGUAAAGCCUCUUAAACUUAAACAAAGCAACAUUGCUCAAAAUUCAGCUACUUUCUUGCUCCUUGGAUCCUUUUUUCUCAGGCUCUCUACAGGGUCGUUUAUCGUAGAAGGAAUACAGAAGACCCUGAGAACGAGGUUGGCAGAUUUGAUAUCUUUAAAUAAGGUAAUAAAAUAACUGAAAAAACAUUGAACUUACGCGAAAGCUGACCAAAAUGAUUCCCCUAGCAACUAGAAACACGAAAUUUCAAGAGUAUUUUGUUAACCAAAUUUCAAAAGAAAAUAUUCUUGGUUUGCAAGCACGUGACAUGGAGGCCAUGUUGGUGGUCAAAUACAAUAAGAAUUAUUUCAAAGAAUUUAUUGUUAUCAGCUCCCCUAGCUAUCUCAACUGCGCCUAGCCCUUGUUUGCAUUUUUCGUUUUUAACUUGAAUCGCCUUGUAGCAUUUUCAGUUCAGCUUUCAUUUCAACGUUGUUUCUUAAAGAGCACUAAGUAGUAGGUUUCUGUCGGGAGUAUUCCUUUUGCGGUCAGAAGUUUUGCGCCAAAACAGUGUAAGUGCGUUGUCCAUUCAUUUGCUGUAUUUUAUUUUUGAUGUAUUUCUUUUGCGCUCGCAGUAUUUCUGAAGUUUUAUUUUCAGCUUGUUUUUAAGUUUUAACCACAGCACAUCAAAUACGACAAAUCACGGUACAUCAAACCUAAUACCAGUCAAGUCUUUUGGGUCAAUUGUCUACCAUCUUGCCUAUUGCUGUAACCCUCGAGGACUCAAAUCGGAAUAAAGUUGUUGGUCUAUCGUUAGCGCUGAUCAGCAAAAGAAGUCGCCUCACGGCAGCUAUAGAAUUUACAUGAAAAUAGAUUUUAGUUCCCACUGUGAUAGAAAUGUUUUUGUUCUUGACCAUCAACAUAACCAUGACGUCAUGUGCAAACCAGAAAUAAAGCUGUGAAACGUUUUAACCCAAAAUCUAAUCUAAAUCUAAAUAUAUGUCUAAGUNAAUUAUUUCAAAGAAUUUAUUGUUAUCAGCUCCCCUAGCUAUCUCAACUGCGCCUAGCCCUUGUUUGCAUUUUUCGUUUUUAACUUGAAUCGCCUUGUAGCAUUUUCAGUUCAGCUUUCAUUUCAACGUUGUUUCUUAAAGAGCACUAAGUAGUAGGUUUCUGUCGGGAGUAUUCCUUUUGCGGUCAGAAGUUUUGCGCCAAAACAGUGUAAGUGCGUUGUCCAUUCAUUUGCUGUAUUUUAUUUUUGAUGUAUUUCUUUUGCGCUCGCAGUAUUUCUGAAGUUUUAUUUUCAGCUUGUUUUUAAGUUUUAACCACAGCACAUCAAAUACGACAAAUCACGGUACAUCAAACCUAAUACCAGUCAAGUCUUUUGGGUCAAUUGUCUACCAUCUUGCCUAUUGCUGUAACCCUCGAGGACUCAAAUCGGAAUAAAGUUGUUGGUCUAUCGUUAGCGCUGAUCAGCAAAAGAAGUCGCCUCACGGCAGCUAUAGAAUUUACAUGAAAAUAGAUUUUAGUUCCCACUGUGAUAGAAAUGUUUUUGUUCUUGACCAUCAACAUAACCAUGACGUCAUGUGCAAACCAGAAAUAAAGCUGUGAAACGUUUUAACCCAAAAUCUAAUCUAAAUCUAAAUAUAUGUCUAAGUAUCAAAUAUAAAACCUUGAGUACUGCCUUCAAAAGAACUCUGUCUUUUAAUGCUCUUUGUUUUCCCUUUUCUUCUAUGGUUUUUUCCUCAUUUGAAAUGCUCUAAUUUUAAAUGUUUUUAGUUUGAGUUGCGUCAAGAGAGAAUCUUUUGGUUGCUCGCACAUACCCAUCGACAGGACUUACCCAGACUUUUUCACUUUCAGAGGUUCAGCGCGUGUGAAUAAUAUGUUACUACUAAAGGUGAUGAAACAAACCGGAUUCAUUGUUUAUGUUCUAAUGUAAAGCAUAGCGCAAUUAAUCUUUUUUUUUUAGGUCUGAAACAUCCCAAGUUGAACUACAGCGUACUUACUUUCAAUUAAAAAAUUACCCAGAUUCAAAUAAGAAAAAAGGCUAUUAUAAUAAUUUUCUCUUUUUCCGUUUGGCUUAUGAAAAACAUUUGUAAAGGGGUGGCAAGUGUUACUUACUUUUGUCUUGCGUCAGAUUGACUGAUGUAUUUACUGUUUAAACAAAAGGCAGUCGGAGAGAAAACUAAUCACUUUUACUUCGACAGUUCUGUUUAGACAACGCUAUAAACUAUUUCAGAUUCUAAGUUAAAUUCUUCGCAGUAAAAAAACGUAAUCACAAAUAAAAGCCGGAUAUUAAUCAACUGUUGGCUUAUUGAAAUGGACCUAAAUAAAACAAAAACCUCUUUCGAAGUAACUAAAUUUAUGUAUCGUUAAUCAUUUUUAUCGUUGAAUUAUCUUUCAAUUUUCCAAUCAUAUUAGCAAUGCGUAUAAAUUAUUAUAUUGAUUUAAUUUUGACUUGAAAUAUUGCGACGCUGCAAUUGCGGUAACAGCACACAUCCACGAUUGCAGAUUGUUCGCGACCUGCUAAAAUUAAAUUCGCCAAGAUCAGAUCCGACUGUAAAACUAAAUACAAACUUUCUUUUUGAAGGCCGAUUGAAAUAACAUUUUCUAAUUCCUAAUAAGCACAUUUCAUGGAAUCUGCCGUGUCGCAUUAGGUGGUAAAAAGCAGUUGUAAUGAAACACAAUACAGCUUCUUAAAAGUAUGCAGAGCAUUAGAUUUUAACUUUGCCACCCUUUUCGCUUUAAUUGGUGAAUAGAAAACUUUUCAUAUCCUGUUUUCACAGCUUUAACCAUAUUGAUGCUGGUACUGACAGGAACCUCUAACGAUUGGCGCCCUUCCUUAAAUAUUAUCAUAAAUUUGAUUGACGAAAAAUCAUCGAUGCUCUUGAGGCUUUGCAUGGUGCGCUAAGGUUAGAUAGUCAGGGAUGACUUGUAAAAGCGCGACUGAUUAGAUGAAGUCGAACCAAUGUUAACUGAAAACAAAAUGUCUUCUGAGAACGACAUUGCGCUUUUAUCAGCUUUUUCACUUCUGUCGCUUACCGACUUUGUUGGUAACGCGCUAGUUUGCUCAAUUAUUCUACAAUGGAAGAGAUUCAGAUUUCGCCGCUCUGCCCUGGAUUUUCUGUUUCUGAACUUAGCCAUAGCCGAUAUGAUGGUGGCGGUGUUUGCGAUCCCUCGUUACGUUUUACAUGGCGUUUUUGUCCACCCUCGAGGUUUGGUAGGAGACUAUCUAUGCCGCUACAUUACAGGAGGAAAUCUGAUGUGGACUGCCGGGUCAGCGUCCGUGUUUACUCUUGUUACCAUCGCUUUUGAGCGCCGCCAUGUUGCUGAUGUUGUUUUAGGACCCUAUGGCUUUACGAAAGACUUCUCACAGUCAAAAUUGCUAGCUUUCGUGAUAAUGUCCUGGAUUUUUGCGCUGUUGCUUAAUCUCCCAUUAUUUUUUAUCAUGUCAUAUGACGAAGAAAUGGACUUUUGCACAGAAAACUGGCCGCAUCCCGUUCUUCCUAAAUUAUACGGUGUACUCUGGUUCACAGUAGUUGGAGCGUUACCUAUACUCUGUAUGACAAUUUUGUAUUCAAAAGUCGUUUAUCAGCUAUGGGUAAGAAAAGUAAGAACUCAACAAGUUAACCACAGAGCUCGUUUAAUUCCAAGAAGAAAAGCCACCAGAAUGGCUAUCACAUUGACAGUUAUUUAUUCCGUUUGUUGGCUUCCAAAUCUGAUUCUGUACAUCUUAGCAUUUAAUCAUUCCAACUUUGUCUACGGCUCGCCGCUUUAUAAGUGGAGUGUAGUGCUCACAUGUUUAAACUCAGCUGUAAAUCCUUUUGUGUACACACUUCAAAGCAGGCGCUUUAGAACCUCAGUAAAACGAACGAUUAUGUGCAAGUAG